AUGGAACGGCGGAUCUUCAGGAUGAAUGUUGAUGACAAUGGAAACUCCUAUGCUGAGAUGCGGACAGUAACGUACUCAAACACUGAGCCAAGGACCCCGUCAUCACACGAUCUCACCGGAGACGGCUACGCACAGCUUCCAGUGAUAAUGAGCGAAGGGAAGGAGUUUAUGGUACAUUUUGCGGAUGAUCGUGAUAUGGAAAACAUGGACGAAGACCUCGAACUAGGUGUUGACGCUGAUGGUCUAAAAAUUAAUUUUCAUCAAGAAGAAGGAGGCGAAGAGGCGCGUGAGGAGAGUCGCCACGGUAAUCCAAUUCCUGACCAGGAGCGGUUUCUUCCGAUCGCGAACGUUGCUCGUGUCAUGAAAAGAAUGAUCCCAAGUAGUGGAAAGAUUGCCAAAGAUGCGAAGGAAUGUGUUCAAGAGUGCGUCUCAGAGUUUAUAUCUUUCAUCACUAGUGAAGCUAACGAUAAGUGCUUGAGUGAAAAACGAAAAACGAUAAGUGCCGAUGACUUAUUAGAAGCCAUUACAAACAUGGGGUUCGAUAACUAUGUCGCGCCUCUACAACUUUUUCUGGAGAGGUACCGGGCAGCACAUAAAUUGAGCACCGCUUUUCCGACUUCUGGUAGUGGACCACGAAAUUUUUCUCUGCUGUCAGAAGGGAGUUCAACAGUUACGGACGGCGAUAGUACUGGGAUAUCCGUUAGUCGUGACUAUUCUUCUCGUCCGGUUAUUGGAACUACUUCAUCGGCAACUACGACAACUUCUGAUGGGCAUAAUUACCAGACAACUUCAACAUCGAAUGCUACAAGCGAGAUCCAUUGUGAACCGAGUACCUCAUCUUCGAAUGGUGCUCCAGUGGUGCUUGCUGGAGGAGUUGGUGGAGUGCCAGUUACAGCGUUACAACAGCAACCGAUGCAAAUUUACAUUGAUCCUGCUAGCAAGCAACAUUACAUGGCUAUUGAGACUGAGCAAGGCAUGCAGCUCUAUCCUAUACAAAUUCAAACGGAUGGUCCUGUUGCGUACACUGUUGCACCUGAAGUGGCCACCGCAAUGACUUCGAGUAAUAGUGGCGACAAUCAGACCUUUAUAAUGAUGGCUUCUGGAGAUGUUGAAGAUAGCCAUGUUAGCACUACUUUACAUGAGACUGCUGCUCCUGUAGAGGCGCCGUCGAACAACAACGACAGCCCAUCCAUAUCCGGACUUAACACUCGACCACAUAGCAACCAGGUCAUUAGCCGACACCAGACGAAGAAUCAGUCGACUAAUUCAACUUACAGCACCGUUUCUGCGAGUCAGAACAACGAGCAUGUGCAAACUCGAUCAAGUGGUAAACGCCAGCCAACUGGAGGGAAAGGCUCUGUAGGAAAAGUCGUAGCCCCAACGAAACGAUCUCGGCAUAGUUAA